AUGGCUCACAACGGGCAGGCCUUCGACCACCAGUUCUGCCUCAACUACAUCCUGACGCAGACGGACCUCACCCCCGAACUCAUCAUGCGAGGGACGAAAAUAAUUUCCAUGGUCGUGGGGAACGUAAAGUUCCUGGACAGUCUAAAUUAUUUCCCCAUGGCGCUGUCCAAGUUGCCCAAGGCUUUCGGCUUGGGCGAUAAUUUCAAGAAAGGCUACUUCCCCCAUAUUUUCAACACUCCAGCCAACGCAAAUUACGUGGGUCCCCUACCAGCCGCCGAAUACUAUGACCCCGAUAAUAUGAAGCCGGAAGAGAGCUCCAAGUUCCUCGAGUGGCACGAGGAACAUAAAAACGACGAGUUUAACAUGCAGAGGGACCUCGUCGAAUAUUGUAUAUCGGACUUAGAGAUCCUAACGGCAGCAUGUCUCAAGUUCCGGGAACAGCUGAUGGAAACGGGAAACGUCUGCCCGUACACGGAAGCCUGCACCAUAACCUCUGCGUGCAAUAAGGUGUACAGGCGCAACUUACUCAAGCCAAACACCAUCGGCAUCAUCCCCAAAGGCGGCUACAGAUGGCGUGACAAUCAAAGCAAGGUAGCUAUCCAAUGGCUUGUGUGGGAGGAACACCAGCGACAAAUAAAUAUCCAACACGCUGCUAAACAGCAAGAAUCUCGAGUCGCGGGUGUAAAAGUCGAUGGGUAUGCCGCAGAGAGCAAUCAGGUGUUUGAGUUCCACGGCUGCUACUAUCACGGCUGCCCCGCGUGUUACAAGCACAAUCGAGACGUGCCUAUGCCUGAUGAUCCUUCUCAGACAUUAAACACUCCCCACGAAACCACCCUUGCAAAGAUACAAAGACUUCGAGACCUUGGUUACGAGGUCGUUGAGAUGUGGGAGUGUACGUUUAGAAGAUUAAUGGCGCAAGACAGACAAAUCGAAGACUACACUACCAAUCACCCCUUAGUUACGCUGACACCGCUAAACCCCAGAAACGCAUUCUACGGAGGACGUACAGGUAAUACUUUCGAGUAUUACAAGUGCGGCCCAGGGGAGAAAAUCAAAUACGUUGACGUCUGCUCUCUCUACCUCUGGGUCUGCAAAUACGGCAAGUUCCCCGUAGGACACCCCAAGGUGUAUGUGGGUGAGGAAUGCCCUACAGAUCUUCAUAAUGUAAACGGGGUAAUUAAAUGCAAGAUCCUCCCACCCCAGAAUCUCUACCACCCCGUGCUCUCGGCCAAGAUGAACAACAAGCUCAUGUUUGUUCUCUGUCGCACCUGCGGAGAACACAUGAAUAAGGGCGAGUGUCGGCAUAGCAACGAAGAGCGAGCUCCGACAGGGACAUGGGUGGUGGACGAGGUGUUGAAAGCCGUUGAAAAAGCUUAUCGCCUGCUGACGAUCCACGAGAUCUGGAGCUACGACGUUCAGCAGUACGAUAAGGUCACAAAGAUCGGAGGUCUCUUCACGGGGAUGAUGAACAAGUUCAUCUCCGUGAAACAGCAGGCGUCAGGGUGGCCUGCGCACUGCUCAAGCCAGUCAGACAAGGAGAGAUAUAUUGAGCAGUUCCUCGAGAGGGAAGACGUCAGACUGGAGUUUGCGGAGAUCGUGGAGAACCCCGGGCUACGAUCUCUCGCAAAACUCAUCUUGAACAGCUUUUGGGGGAAAUUUGGACAGAGGGAGAACCAGCCCAAAACAUCCAUCGUGAGAAACCCCGCGGAAUUCUUCGGCAUGCUUACCAAUCCUAGCAUCUACGUUAAUUCGGCGCUCCCGAUCAACGAAGACACUCUCGUCGUCAAUUGGGAGCACAACUACCUGGAACAAUUGGACGACAGGGUCCUGUACUAUGACACAGACUCUGUAAUUUACGUGGCUAAAGACGGAGAGUACGACGUACCAACGGGUGAAUUCUUUGGCGACAUGACGGACGAACUGGAAGGAUACGGACCCGGAAGUUACAUAUCCGAGUUUAUAAGCGGAGGGCCCAAGAACUACGCAUAUAAGGUCUUCUCCACCAAGGAUAACGAGGAGAAGGUCGUCUGUAAAGUUAAGGGUAUAUCCUUUAACUACUCAGCCUCACGACUGGUAUAUUUCAACACCAUAAAAGAUAUGGUGUUGGAUACUUCCACCACCAGCCCGGUAUGCGUCCGAAACAUCUUGAGGACCAAGGAGCACGAGGUGAUAACCGUACAGCAAACCAAGCUGUAUAAACCUCUCUCCGUAAAGAGACGGUUCCUGGACGACCACAGCUCGGUGCCCUACGGAUGGAAAAGACCCAGACAUGAAUAA